ACAUCUGCGGCAUCCGCACGAAACGUUUGGAGCAAAGUUGUCGUUGUCAGAAAUAAAAGAAAACUGCAGAGUACACCGUACACCGCAAUCCGCAAUGGCGGGGUCCAUUGAGAUACCGCUUCGCGACACAGACGAGGUCAUAGAAUUGUGUUUAGACCAAUUACCGGAAGGCGAUGAAGUUCUUGGUAUCUUGCGGCAAGAACAUGCUCAUCUCAACAUUUGGGUCAAUUUGGCCCUUGAAUAUUACAAACAACACAAAAUUGAGGAUUUUAUCAAAAUUCUCGAAUCGUCCCGGCAAGAUGCAAACAUUGAAUAUCGGGACUUUGAAAAAGAUCAGAUGCGAGCUUUGGACAUGCUUGCAGCUUAUUAUGUACAGGAAGCAAAUAGAGAGAAAAAUAAAGAUAAAAAACGUGAUUUGUUUACAAAAGCCACAUUGUUAUAUACGACAGCUGACAAAAUCAUCAUGUACGAUCAGAACCACUUGCUCGGUCGAGCAUAUUUCUGUCUAUUGGAAGGUGACAAAAUGGAUCAAGCCGAUGCCCAAUUCAAUUUCGUAUUAAAUCAAUCGCCUAAUAAUAUACCAUCGUUACUUGGAAAAGCUUGUAUUGCUUUUAACAAAAAGGAUUACCGAGGGGCCCUCGCGUUUUACAAGAAAGCCCUCAGAACGAAUCCAAAUUGUCCAGCUGCUGUCAGACUCGGAAUGGGACAUUGUUUCAUGAAAUUAAAUAAUCAAGAGAAAGCUCGACUUGCUUUUGAACGGGCUCUGCAGCUCGAUGGCCAAUGUGUUGGAGCUCUGGUUGGACUUUCCGUUUUAAAACUGAAUCAACAACAACCGGAAAGCAUCAGAACAGGAGUUCAAAUGCUCUCUAAAGCUUAUACCAUCGAUUCCACUAAUCCCAUGGUUCUCAAUCAUUUGGCUAAUCAUUUUUUCUUCAAAAAAGACUAUAACAAAGUUCAACACCUUGCCUUGCAUGCCUUCCACAACACCGAGAACGAAGCAAUGCGAGCCGAAAGCUGUUAUCAACUUGCUCGGGCCUUUCAUGUUCAAGGUGAUUACGAUCAAGCUUUCCAGUAUUAUUAUCAAGCAACGCAAUUCGCGCCUCCGGUAUUCGUACUCCCCCAUUUUGGGCUCGGUCAAAUGUACGUUUAUCGUGGUGACUCAGAAAAUGCCGCUCAGUGUUUUGAAAAAGUGUUGAAAGCCCAACCUGGAAAUUAUGAGACAAUGAAGAUUCUCGGCUCGCUUUACGCCAAUUCGAGCUCACAAUCCAAAAGGGACAUUGCGAAAAAUCAUUUGAGAAAAGUGACGGAGCAAUUACCCGAUGAUGUCGAGGCCUGGAUCGAAUUGGCACAAAUUUUGGAACAAAGCGAUUUGGUUGCUGCACUCAGCGCAUACGGGACUGCAACGAGAAUGUUGAAAGAGAAAGUUCAUGUCGACAUACCCCCGGAGAUAUUGAAUAAUGUCGGAGCCCUGCACUACCGUUUGGGAAAUCUGGAAGAAGCACGAAGUAAUUUGGAAGAGUCCUUGGCACGAUCAAAAACAGAUGCGCUUCAAGAUCCGGUAUAUUACAAUUCCAUAGCAGUGACAACGACCUACAAUUUAGCCCGUUUGAACGAAGCGCUCUGCGUGUUCGAUCGAGCGGAAAAAUUGUAUAAAGACAUACUUAAGGAACAUCCCAAUUACAUGGAUUGUUAUUUGAGGCUCGGCUGUAUGGCGAGAGACAAAGGGCAGAUUUACGAAGCUUCCGAUUGGUUCAAAGACGCGUUAAGGAUAAACAACGAGCAUCCGGACGCGUGGUCUUUACUCGGUAAUUUACAUUUGGCGAAAAUGGAAUGGGGACCUGGACAAAAGAAAUUCGAGAGAAUUCUCAAGAACCCCACAAGCAGUACGGACGCUUAUUCGCUCAUUGCCCUCGGGAAUAUCUGGCUCCAAACUCUGCAUCAGAGCGGCAAGGAUAAAGACAGGGAAAAACGUCAUCAGGACAGAGCUUUGGCGAUGUACAAGCAGGUGUUGAGAAACGAUCCGAAAAAUAUUUGGGCAGCAAACGGUAUUGGCGCAGUUCUGGCUCACAAAGGUUGUGUCAACGAAGCCAGAGACAUAUUUGCUCAGGUUCGCGAAGCAACAGCUGAAUUUUGCGAUGUUUGGCUCAACAUCGCGCACAUUUACGUUGAACAAAAACAAUUCGUCAGCGCAAUUCAAAUGUACGAGAACUGUCUCCGAAAAUUUUACAAAUAUCAUCACGUUGAAGUUCUCCAAUAUCUUGCGAGGGCGUACUUCAAAGCUGGCAAAUUGAAAGAAGCAAAAAUGACCCUUUUAAAGGCACGUAGAGUAGCGCCUCAGGACACGGUACUUUUGUAUAACAUAGCGCUAGUUCUACAAAGACUAGCAACACAGAUCCUCAAAGACGAGAAAUCGACGUUAACAACGGUAUUGCAAGCUGUCCACGAAUUGGGACUUUCCCACAAAUACUUCCAGUAUUUGGCGACUCAUGGUGAUAGAAUGGAACAACUGGCUGAGGCGGAGGCACGGAGGUGUCAGGAUCUUUUGUCACAAGCGCAAUAUCACGUUGCUAGAGCCAGAAGAUUGGACGAAGAGGAGAAAAUGCUCAGACGAAAACAGGAAGAAGAGAGGCAAGCCUUUAAAAUGCGACAAACCGAAGAGCAACGAAAAGUCGAGGAGAUGCGUCGUCAGAAAGAGGAGGCGCAGUUACAAAAACGUCAGGAGUACGUUGAGAAGACCAAGAAUGUAUUGGUGUUUGGUGAAAUGCCAAAUGAAAAAGCCGGGAAAAAAGGUAAAAAGGGUAGAACCGAACAGUACGUUAGUGACAGCGGUGGUUCUGGCAACGACGAGGGUCGUCGGGACGAAGCGCCGAGAGAGAAAAAACGCAAGCGGAAAGCCAGCGGUGAGGGAAAAGAGAGAAAGAGUCGAGGACGUGUCAGAAGAAAGAACGACGAGAGCGGUGGAUCGGAGAGCGAUAGACCGAGAAUUAAGCGAGGAAGGAAAACCGGAAGUGGUAAAAAGGAGAAACCCUCCCGCAAGAGUAUCGCUGAGCCAUCGAAAAGCAACUCUAGAUUCCUCUCUAAGGAAACUAUUUCGACGAGUGAAUCCGAAAGUGACAGUGGCAAGAAAGCGGGUAGCGGGAACGAGGGUGGAAAUAGUAAAGGUUCGCGCGCAAAGAAAAGAAUUAUGUCGGGAUCGGACCGAUCCCGGUCUCGUUCGCGAUCAAAAUCGCGAAGUCGUUCGAGGAGUUCGUCAAGGUCGAGGUCGGGUUCGAGGGGUGGUUCAAAAAGCCGCAGUCGAUCAGGGUCGAGGUCCGGUUCCAGAUCAGGGAGUGGAUCGCGAAGGAGUCGUUCCCGAUCUGGAAGUGGCUCGCGAAAGAGUCGUUCAAGGUCCGGAAGUGGCUCAAGAAAGAGCGGUUCCAGAUCGCGCUCUCGAUCUCACAGCGGAUCGCGAAAGAGCGGCUCUCGAUCUCGAUCGAGAAGUAAAUCACGAUCUGGCUCCGAGGGAAGAAGAUCCAGAAGCAAAGACGGCUCUAAAUCCCGCUCACCUUCAAGAUCGAAGUCGAGAUCGAGAAGCAAAAGCAGAUCCCGAUCACGCUCCCGGUCAAAAAGUGGAUCUCGAAGCAGAAGCCCGAGUGGUUCGGCACGAUCGGCAUCUCCGGUAUCGCGGAAAUCAGUUUCCGGAAGUGACGUUGGUUCUCGUCAUUCAAGUUCCGAUAGAGGAGGCAACACCAGCGACUGAACAGGAAGCAAUCUUUAGAUCGAAGUUUAUUCAAAUUGUCGUUAUCGUGAGUUUCUAUGAGAGAAGAAAAAUCAGUGAAAAGAAACUCAUACUUUUUAUACAUGAAACGAUUGCCCUCAGCCAUGGAAUAAAAA